AUGGUGAACUCCUCUAAUGACUUGCUCACCGUGAGCAAGCUGGACAGUCCACGACGCCUCUCCUGCCCAACAGAAUGGCUAGAAGAAGACCGGGAUCUGAAGUUAAGUGGGCGUGGUUGCAUGUUUUACAGAACCAAGAGCAACCAGAGAUGGAUGAAACUGAGGACCACUGUGCAGCUGUCAGGAGCCAUCUCCUCAACCAUCCAGAAGACCAAACCACCAUUGAAAAGGGAAGAUUCCUUUCUGAAGAGGUUCUCUACUCGACAGGUCCCAGAAACUCAGGAAACGAUGGACACCGGCGACGACGGGGAAGGAGGGUCAGGCACGCAAGGAUGUGGCAGCGAAUACGCGAGGAGGAAAAAACGUCGCCGGAAAUUGAAGAAGCACCCGCGAACUGUAGUGAAUCCGGACGAGAACUUUUACUUCUACUGGUUGAUGUUAGUGACUAUUUGUGUGUUAUACAACUUGUGGACGUUAAUCGUUCGUCAGAGUUUCCCGGAGUUGCAGGAGAUCGCGAACCACUACUGGUUCGGGUGUGACCUGUUCACGGACGUAGUAUUUCUGUUAGACGUCGUGGUACAGUUCCGCACUGGAUACUUGGAGCAGGGCCUCAUGGUCUACAACUCCAAGAAGCUCGCCGGCCACUACAUCAGGUCGAGAGCGUUUCUCCUCGACCUAGUCGCUCUGAUGCCCCUGGACCUCCUUCAGUUCAACGUUGGGGUCAACCCGAUCCUCAGAUUCCCUAGGUUCCUAAAGGUUUAUAGAGCAUACGACUACUACUACAUGGUAGAAUCACGCACAGUGUACCCGAACCUAUGGCGUGUCAUGAACCUGAUCCACAUCCUGUUAAUCCUGGCGCACUGGUUCGGCUGUUUCUACUACCUGCUGUCCGAGGCCGAGGGUUUCCAGGGCGACUGGGUCUACCCGUACCGCCCUGGAGACUAUGCCACUCUUACCCGCAAGUAUCUGGGCUCUCUGUACUGGUCGACCCUCACUCUUACCACUAUAGGAGAUCUUCCUACUCCGGAAACCAACGCAGAGUGGUUACUAGGUACAUAUCCUACGCUCAGGCGAUUGUUGCAGGAGGUUCUAGAUACACAGUCUAUACCCGAGUUAUUGUGGGUGGUUACUAGCUACACUGCAUACACUAAUUUCUCCCAGAGGUACUUGAAGUUGCAUGACAACCACUGUAUGAUGAUAUUGAUGUGGCAAUGGGUCGUGAUGCGUAGAAAGAACAAGACGGACGGCCUUCACCCUCUGCCCAGAAGGGGUCACAAGUCCCGUCUCCUCCAGUUCAACUCUAAUCAAGGGUAUGUGUUUACCAUCGUCAGUUAUUUGAUUGGAGUCUUUAUUUUUGCAACGAUUGUAGGUCAAGUUGGAAAUGUGAUAACCAAUAGAAAUGCUAAUCGGUUGGAGUUUGAGAGACUGCUGGACGGGGCUAAAACUUACAUGCGGCACCAUAAAGUUCCAGGAGGGAUGAAAAGAAGAGUUCUUCGCUGGUAUGACUACUCAUGGUCUAGAGGGAGGAUACAAGGAGGAGGUGACAUCAACACAGCUCUUGGAUUGCUCCCUGACAAACUCAAGACUGAGCUCGCACUGCAUGUCAAUCUUAGCGUCUUGAAAAAGGUCACUAUUUUCCACGAAUGCCAGCCUGAGUUUCUUCAUGAUCUAGUACUUAAGAUGAAGGCUUACAUAUUUACGCCCGGUGACCUGAUCUGCAGAAAAGGGGAAGUCGCCAGGGAGAUGUUCAUUAUUGCUGAUGGUAUUCUUGAAGUCAAAAGUGAGACUGGCAGAGUACUUACAACAAUGAAAGCUGGAGAUUUUUUCGGGGAAAUAGGCAUUCUAAACCUUGAUGGUUUGAACAGGCGCACGGCCGACGUGAGGUCGGUGGGGUACUCUGAGUUGUUCAGCCUGUCACGAGAGGAUGUUCUGGCAGCCAUGAAAGACUAUCCAGAAGCACAGGAGAUCCUACAAACACUCGGUCGAAAGAGGUUGAUGGAGGCUCGCAGCAUAAACAGAGUCAACAAAAGUAUCGGGUCGGAGGGCAGUAGAUGUUUGUCAUCACCUGGAUCAUCUGAGCUUUUUGAUAGCAAAACUGGAAAAAGAAUAGUCGAAAAACUUCGAUCUGAUGUUAAAGGACUGAAAAAUGUCCUUCGCAAGAGUCGAAGAGGAACAAGGUCUAAAGAAGAGUGUAUGGAGCUACAACCAUUAACAAAUUCUCAAGAUGGUGAAAGAUACUGCAGAGAAGGGAAAGGAAUACUAUGUCGGAUGCCACGAGUAACAAGUGAAGAUACAUCCCAAGAAGAUGAGCCUUAUACCCAAGAUACAAAAAUUGCAGCAGGCUUUCCUCUCUUGAACAGAUUAAAAUUAUUAAAAGAAAAGCAGGAAAAAGAAACUGUACCAACAGACAAAAACAAACCAGCAACAAAAACUGAACGACCUGCACCAAAAGAAGAGGAACAUGAAGUUAUUGGCCAAGGACUACCAUUACUGCAACGGCUGCUCCUUUUGAAACAAAAAGAAGAUGCUGAAAGAGAUGCUGCAGCUAUGCAAACGACAGCUAAUGAAACAGCCCAAGUGCUUGCAUCGACAGUCAGGACACAAUUGAGAUCUCCACCACUAUCAUUGAAAUCUCAAAAAAGUAAAGACAAAAGUAAAGAAGAAGAACAGCAACCUUUAAAGCCUAUAAUAUUAAAUCGUGUUUCAGCCCCCAAAAAAACAAAAGAUCCCUCUGCAACAGGAAAAAAUGGAGGCGUGUCCUGGAAAGAUGAUUGCGAAUCUCGGAAGAAGGAACCAAAACCUGUAGAUGGAAAUGAACAAAAUGGGGCAGCAUGUGUUAGUGAAGAGAAAACUGCUACUCAAGAACAAAAGAAAACACCUCCUAAAGUCAAACCUCAGUUGAAGCUGCAAGCAUUGCUGAAACAGAAAGGAAUGGGAGUAAAACGUGAUAAAGUUGAACAGCCUACAACAAAGUCCGCAGCCGCUACUUCGGGGUCGUCAAUAAAAUCGGACCCUUCAGAUAAUGGCUCUUUACAGGAUCAACUUCACGACAAGAUUUCAAGAGUGUCUUCCGCUCCAGAAGCUAGCAAAACAUCAACAAAUAAACCGGAAAAUAAAGUUCUCUGCAGAGUCAAAUCUUGUGAUUCACCAAGUAGUUUUAAACCGUUACCUGCGUUACCUGAUGGUGAAAUGCCCAAGAUAAAAACACAAUCAAGAAAUUCAUUGGUCAGUCCUGACAACAGUAGGGUUGAAAACCUUCCCAGUGUUUUGUCAAAAGAAGUUAAAUGUUCAGUUAAAAGUAAUAAAUUUGCUCAAGAAAUAAAGAGUGCUCAAACUAGUAGUGUUAGUAAAGACAAUAAUAAUCCUCAAACCUCAAGCAAUAAGGAUAGUGUUCUGAUUAAUAUUGAAACCUCUUCUGAUGAUUGCAGUGUCGUUUCAUGCAGAACAAGAAGUUUAAGAAAAAAACCAAAUUCCUUAAGGUUUAAAAAAGAAAACAAAAUAUACAGAUCCAUUGAAGAUCUUUCACCUGAAUACUCAGGUUUACCUUUUGUUAAACAACUCAGAAUUUUAAAUGAACGGCAAAAACUGGGAGAACUGGAAGACAAAGCCUUUAUGCGGAGUUCAAGUUUAGAUUCGGGACAUAGUUCUGAGAAUAGAAGGUUCAAUCAAAUGUAUGAUUCCUCCAAUUUAACCAGAAGCCACUCAGAAGCAAUAGCAAUUGAAGUUGUUCUCCGAAAUCAGUAUCUUCGAGCUCAGGCAAGUGCUGCACAAAUGUCAGAUUACAUGAGAACAUCAUCUGGCCAAUCUACUAGUCCUGAUAAUCAGUUGAUGUCACCUGAAAGCAAUGAGACAGUUGAAAGGCGACAUUUGAAGAGUAUACUUAAAAAACUUUCAUCGUCUUCAUUAGCUACUAGUGACAAUGCAGAUUCUCCAGAACGACAACAAUUUUUUUCUAGUUCCUCAGCAGAACUAAAGAAAUUAAUGAGGGCACAAACUGUUGAGGGUUAUGCAGCUAGACAUAGUAAACUAACAAAAAGUGUUACCUUCAACCGAGAUACUCUUCAAUCCCCCCCAUCAGGUCUCACAUCUCCAACUACAUCUACUUCCAAACCAGUUUUCCAAUAUUCUAAGAUUUCUUCAAGUUUAGAAACCCCAUCAAGUGAGAAGCUAACUACACGGGCAUCAUCAUCUUUAGAUGCACCAUGUAAUAAUAAAGACUUUACAUUAACAAACGCUGUUGCAAACGACAGUGAGAAUUUAAAUACUAGUACUGAUAAAAGAUACAGUGAAACGCCUGUGAUAUGUUUAGAGGCUCAGCCCAGAAUAGCAACCUCUUCCUUGAACUCAAUACCAUUAUCGUCUGAAUCAGUGGUCAGUAAUCAACCAUCCAUAAACUUCACUACAGAAACAGUAUCUACAGCCCUAUCUCAGAUCAGUGAGCUAAGGACUAUUAGUUGUGCCAAAUCAGAUACUAGAGACGCUAGAUUAGUAGAACAUCCCCUUAGGCCGCAAGUUCCAGCAAACUUUAUAAAGUCAGAACAUCCUAUAGAAACACCUCAAUCCAAACAAAAAAACUUUUUUCGACCUGGUUCAAUUCUACUUCCAACUCAUGCCAGCCAAGAAGAAGAAUUUUUUGCUGGAAUUCUUGGAGGAAUAAAAAUUAUCAUACAAAACCAUUUAGAUCAGAUCCAAGGUAAAUUCCAAACAAGGUUUGAAGAACUGGAAAUGGAAGUGAAGAACAGAGACGACAUUAUAGCACAACUUCAACAACGCAUAAGAGAACUGGAGAAUUCUGGCAGGGAAGAUAGUUCCGAUGCAGAUGAAGCAGCUGACCCUCCUUUCAUGCGAGGGGAUUCGGUAGACACGGUGUUAUCGUCACCUAGAAGAGGCGCCAUGCGGUGGAGAAGGAACAGACUGUCGUGGGAAGAUCAUUCAGAAGAAGAAAAUCUGGAACUAAUGGACUUGCCAGAAUCGAUGAAACCACAAAAUAUGUGGAAUUCUACGAGUAUCGACGUAUGCUCCGACUCAUCGAGUAACUACGCGAGUGAGACGGACGAUGUCUUUCACAAUGACUGGGAAGUCCAGAUGUUGGCGAAGGAGAUGGAACGCAGAGAGAGUCUGCAGGAACCAGAACAAGAGCUUCGGCAGCUUUCAAUGAGAGAGUUGCAGAGUAGUGUUCGCAGACGGAGAGCAGCUAGUUUGGAUUCCGCUAGCAGGGAUAAGAAAGCUCUCGGAAAGAGGGUGAGUAACGGCGAGAGCAACGAGAGCGAAGAGAGAAGAAGAACUCGGCUUCAAAGUGCUCAGUCACUGGAGGAUCGUAACAAUAUUUCGAGCGGUCUAACUGCUCUUUACCGGCGAAGUAUAUCCAUCUCCAACUUGCACAGUUCCUUAUCCAACAGUCUGCUCAGAGGACUGGGGACAUUCGUACGAGGAAACAUCCCCACUCCCCCGGCCCAUCAAGAGCCAUCCACCGAAAUGGUUCCGACCAUAUCCAAGACUUGCCCUCCUCCAUCUCCCCCACCACCCCCUCCAGACAUCUGAGUCAUGACAGAAAUGGUACUCAGAUCUGUGUUGUGAACUAUACCUGAGAUCGGGCCUAAAAGACUUUUUGUCUAAAUUCCAUUGAUGUGCUGUGAAUUAACUACAUUUUUGUAAUUGAUAUUUUUUAUAUUUAUGACUUUAGAGAAUGUCAUGACAUGAGAGGUGAGUGUUCACCAAAGCCAUAUAUUUUUAUUUCAUAGUAUUUUUUCAUACAUUAUUUUAGAGAGGAUGCACAAAUAAAUAUACUAUUCGACUGUGUUGUGUAUUCUAAUAAUUUUAUAACGUUUAUUUAAUGUUUUUGUGGGAUCAAAAGGGAUCACAUCACAGUUUUAUGUCCCGUUCACUUUUUGUUCAUUCCUAAUUGGAUAUGCCUUACAUUUCUGUUAAGGAAUUAUGUAGGAAUAAAGGCCUUUUGAAUUGAGCUCUUGUAAGAUAGUGCCUAAUGAAGUUUUUGCUCUGUAUCAUAAUAACUAAUGUAAUAUUUUAAAUAGUGAGCUUUGAAAAAUAUUUUAUAUCCUGUUUUCUUCUAGUAUUUUAAAUAAACUCAAGAAUAGUUAUUUAAACAGACAUAUAUUUUUCUGAUUUAUAUAACCAUCGGUU